AAAAGACGGUACAAGUAUCUCAACACACAAAAAUCCUCUCUUUUUUUUCCUCGGCAAAUCCUGUUACGGAAAGUAUAUAAGGGUUUCAAAUGAACAUGUUCAAAAUUAAAAUUCAUACGGUGCUUUAAUUUCUAAGCAGUGAUCGAGUUCUUUCAUUACAAUGGCAAAGUUGUGGUUGAUAUUCCUGAUGGCGGCAGUGCUAUCUGUGUCUGAAGCGAAAUUAAAAGGAGGCACUGGUUGUGCUGCAUAUUAUAGGAGAUACGGAAACUUUUGUUACUCCGAUACGAGCAGUGUUCCACGUCCAGGGGCAACCAUUCAGUAUCUGAUAAGAGUACAAGGACCCGGGGAGAUCUGUUGCGAGGCUCUCACGUGCACUAGAUAUUCGUGCAGCAUGAAAUAUAUAGGAUGUGGGAGGAACAACUGGAGCUCUGCUGAUCUGCAAUGGGUGGGUGAUAGUCUACAGACGCCAAAGAUGCGAUGCAAGACGUAUUACCGCAUCCAUAUAACAAUCUACUACAGCUUUAAAACAACACAUUAAAAAUACAGACAUGAAAAGUCAACCUACUAUAUCUUUAAGACAACACAUUUAAGUUACGGACAUGAAUUUUUUAAGAUUUUCAUCCACCAUUAACUCGUGAAAAUUCGGUAUAUUUCGUGACUUUCCGUAUCUGAUAAAAGACUGAAUUACAGGAAGCAACAAAGAAAUCUUAUCAUCUAAAAGCUUCAUCAUAAGAUACGGAUAUUAACGAAAAUGACCGAAUAUGUACGAGCUAUUGGUGGCUGAAAA